AUGGCUGCCGGUGUUGCUCUCAGGGGACCACAACCACCACAAGAUGAUGAUGGACCACUACCCAUUCUUCCCAGCUUUGUUCCUCGCAACCAAGUCCCUAUCAUGGCAGCCAGGCCUCCUGCAGUUGCGCAGCUUCCUUCCAUUGCUGACAACGAUGAUGAGGAUGAUGUUGCGGAAGAGGAUGGCCCCACUACUUGGAAGCCAAAGAGGAUGGUCAAGGAAUGGGAGAAUGAGCAUGGAAUUCGCCAUGUCACUAUCAUUGUCUGGCUGAGCAGUGGCGCGACUGAAGCCGACAUCGAAACCAUGGUCUCUGCGAAUGGCAAGAAGCUGACUAUCAGUGAGAAGUGGCACCAAGACCUCUUGGAUAUUGGGGAGUUCUAUUAUCUCUAUCAACAACACACAAAGGAAAACCUAGAGGAUACCAAUGUGAGGCGCCAUGCCAUGCAGCAGUAUGUCAGGUCCAUCCUUGAUGUCAGGGGUGAUGUCAUUUCAGAGUUCACCAUGGACCUCCCAUUUCCAGUUGAUCCCUCUACUUUGAAUGUUACCUUCCCCAGCUUUGAGUCUGGUGCAUUGUUCUGCCAUGUUGACUUGGCUGAGAAAAGGAAGAAAAGGGUAGCUCAAUCCUUUGUCAUGAGGAAGAGGCAUGCCAAGGGCAAGAAGAAGGGUGAUAUUGAAUACAACAACCUGACCCCUCACCACUAGACAAACUCAACAACAGCCAUGGCUUUGAUGUGUGUUAGGC